AACGCGCGAGUCGAGGCAGGCGGCGAUGGCGAGCGGCGGCGGCGACCCGAGGAAGGAGGAGGAGGUGGGGUUCUCCUCGGACGGCGGGGACAGCACCGACGCCGAGUCCUCCGACGAGGCGGCGCGGGCGGUCCCCGGCUCGAACCCCAUCCUGAACCGCCUCGCCGUGUCGCGGAACCCGAGCCCGCUCGCCGCCGCCACCGCGGCGCCCGGGGUGUGCCUCCUCCGGUUCGCGUGGGAGUCCGCCGCUGGGUCGCUCGUCGGCGCCGUCGUCGGAUACGGAAAAGGUUUGGUGACCACAAAAGGGUUUAAAGGCUCAUUUGCUGAUGCCGCAUCUUCUGCUAAGAUAUUUGCUGUUCUUGCUGGUGUUCAAAGUUUGGUUUCCUGCACUUUGAGGCAACUACGUGGGAAAGAUGAUGUUCUCAAUGCUGGAGUUGCAGGCUGUUGCACUGGCCUUGCUUUGAGUUUUCCAGGUGCACCACAAACAAUGGUUCAGAGCUGCCUGACCUUCGGUACUUUCUCAUACAUCAUAGAGAUGCUCAAUAGGCAGGAACCUGCUCUUGCGGUUCCAUCUGCCAUAGGAGCGAAGGAUGUGAAGGCUGGACAGAGAGUCCUUCCUCCCUUCACACUCGCUCUUCCGCAAGAGGGGAUGGAGGGGUUUUCCUCGUUUCAAAGCUUUUUGUCGAAGUUCCAAGGGAAGUGAAUAACAUCGAGGGAUGAAGGUGGGUAGCUUCACCUCGUUCCUCCGUUGGAUUUUGUCCGUGUAAAUGCCUCGUCCGAGUUGAGUUUUGUUUUGUUCCACGAGUGUAUGUUCUAGAGGGUGAAGUGACUGGAUUAUGUGAAUGGUCAUGAUUCUACUCUUUUCAAUAACAGUUCUGUGAAUUCUUAUCUUGUUA